AGCUUCCUCUCACGCUGCUUCCUCUGCCCUGGAGAGGAGGCGAUGGGGAGGAAAGCGUUGGUGGGGGAAGACCGAUGGCCUACCCCAGGCACGUACCACCUCCCCCCGAGGGUGCUCCUAUUUAUUUUUUCAACGAGGCACAAAAACACACUCCGCUUUCCUGCCAUUACUUUGCUCAGAGGGGGUUUAGAAAAACUAAUAGGCCACUAAAAAUACUUGGAGCCGGGGGCCUGGGCCUGGGCUUUUCCUGCGUUGCUUCCAGUGGACGCGUGGGCCAUUGAGGAAAGAGGAAACAAGCAGCCCUGGUUGUAAGGGGGGCUUCCUGUACGACAUUAUAAAGAGUUCCCUCCCUCCUCCGUCCCGUUACAGUGCCGUGCAGAGCCAGUGGAGACGCAGGGCGAGUCCCUGCUCCAGGUCCUCGAUUGUAGACUCAACACCGAGCCGGGGUUUGACGUCAACGCGCUGCACGCUAGUUCUCGUCCCUGCUGGUCGGGGUACGAGUAGGGAGCUGGUCUCACCUAGAUGUGUCUGGGACACUCCGGUCUAUUUAUUUCAUCAAUCACACACAGAUACGGAUGAGCACGAUGGAAGGAUUCAGGGUGGACGGCGUGCAGGAGAUGAGGUCCUCCGCCCCGGCCGAGGGAUACGUGAAGGAGUUCACGCGCCACUCCAACGACGUGCUGCUGAACCUGAACGAGCUCCGUCACCGGGACAUCCUGACUGACACCACUCUGGUGGUCUGCAACGCACAUCUACGAGCGCACUGCGCCGUGCUCGUGGCCUGCAGCGGGUUCUUCUACUCGCUGUACUCCCGCCGCGUUUUGCUUCAGGGCGGUGGUGGUGGCGGCGAGGGGGGGCAGCUCAUGACCGUGUCCCUCCCAAGCUCCUUGGACCCGUCCAGCGUCUCCCUGCUGCUCGACUUCAUGUACACCUCGCGCCUCCCGCUGACCCCGGGCAGCGUCCCCGGGGUGCUGGCCGUGGCGAGCUACCUGCAGAUGGACCACGUGGCCGACACCUGCCGGGAUUUCAUGCAGCUGCACUGCGGGGAGAAAAUGAGUGCGAGACAUCCUCAAAUGGAGCUGGACUCCAUGGUGUCCGUAGCCUGUGUCGCCCCCAGAGGAGGGGACCUGCCCAACCCAGGAUCCCGGAGAUUACUCCCAGCCGCUGUGGCAACAAGGGUUCCUGCGGAUGUGGGGGGCUCUCUCAAGCCGGGGGCUUUCCCGAACAGCCAUGCCGGGUCAAAAGAGCAGAGAGAGCCAGAGUUGCCCCUCAUCGGCACCGCGACUCCAUCUCCGGACAGCCCCGCCCGCUCCAGCUGCCAGCCCAACUCUCCAGCAGAAUCAAACACCUGCAGCAAAAACCUGGCGAGUGACGUCAAAGCCACGCCGGACCCAAAGGCGUGCAAUUGGAAGAAAUACAAGUACAUCGUCCUCAACCCUCUCUGCGCCGCAGCCGCCGCCGCGGUGAAGGAAGAGGAGAUGGAGGAGGCACAGAGUCACGCGUCAGCCGCCGCCGACAGGAAGGACUCGACGCCCAAGGCAACAGAGGCGUGGUCUGGAGAAGUGCCCGGUCAGAUUGAUAGACAGGGGCAGGCCUCCUGCUACGAGGGUUCUGGCCGAGCCCCUCCCCUCGGGCCACCCCCAACAGCGCCUCACACUCACAAGCAGGGAACAGUCUCCCCCGGCACCGUUCACCCAAACCUGCAGCCCGCCGGUCCAGAAGCUGCCCGACACGCAGUCAAGCGCGAGAAUUACUGCGUGCCGUAUUGUUACCCCGGCAACCUUCAAGGAGCCAAGACUGUCUGCUCAGGUGACAAGCCGUACCGCUGCAAUGUGUGCGGCGCCCAGUUCAACCGACCGGCCAACCUGAAGACUCACUCUCGCAUCCACUCCGGGGAGAAGCCGUACCGCUGUGACACUUGCGGCGCUCGAUUUGUUCAGGUCGCCCAUCUGCGAGCCCACGUUCUGAUCCACACCGGGGAGAAGCCGUACCCCUGCCACACCUGUGGCACCCGCUUCCGCCACCUGCAGACCCUGAAGAGCCACCUGCGCAUUCACACCGGCGAGAAGCCGUACACCUGUGAGAAGUGUGACCUGCACUUCCGCCACAAGAGUCAGCUGCGUCUCCACCUGCGCCAGAAGCACGGGGCCGUCACCAACACCAAGAUCCGCUACCAGGUCCUGAGCGAGCCCUACCAGACCGUCCUGCAGGCCUGCUGAGGGCCUCGGGCCCUUUGGCCCGUUCAUCAGAUCAAUAUCGGAAUCAUCAGAAAAUGGGAUAUUUGGUGGAUGGUUUUAAAUUAUGAGAAUGUAUGUCUUUUUUUAAUAAGAGGUGGUCAUUUAUGUGUUUAGAUGACCACGUUAGAAUGGAUUUAAUUAGGAGAAAGAGACAUUUACAUGUUGUUGGACGAGCUGAUCGUGAAUCAAUAAGGUUCUUUAGAAAUCCUGCGGGGCUUUUUAUGUGAUGGAGAUGAUGUGGGGAAGAAAGUGAUUAUGAAGGUUUGAGAAGGUAUGAAAGAAAGGAACAAGAUAUGAAAAGAGAGGUCAAAUAUGUCAAGUAUGAGUAGGUGAAUAGUUUGAAGGAAAGAGGAAGUUUUAUGAAGGAGGAGUUGGGGAAUGUGGGAGUUUUAUUAAAGUUAAUUAAACUGAAAAACAUUUGUUUUAAGGCUGGAAAAAUAUUCUUCUUAAAUGUAUAUUUGACUUUUGUGUUCACCUUGAGGCCUGGAGCCUGCAUGUUCUUAAAAAGAUAAAACAAAGUGUGCAGUAACGUCUGCUUGUAUAGUCCAUGCAGGCAAAGGACUUAGUCACGCUGACUGCAGUCGGUCUAGAAGUUAAUUGAUAUAUUGUUUUCUGCCAUGAAAAAAUGUAAAUUAAGAUGACUGGAAGCAAUUGGAUGAGUAAUAAUAAUAUUACAGUUUUAUGUGUAUGAGUUCAUUUGCUGGACAAAGAUGGUUUUGUACAAUCUAAAUUAAAUUUUAUAUGCAUUGGA